AUGCACGACCCCCACCAAGAACAAGACGACAAUAGCAUUCAGCAUCACCGGUACCCGAGUCCCCCUCCCCCGCUGAGCGAAAACCCAUACAACCCGCAAACCAUGGAUGCGGCGACGGCGCUGGCGAUGGAUGAGAUGCCGGAGUUGCCACCGAAGGACGAGUCUGACGCGCCGAGUCCUGGCCGAUCGAAACCUAUACCAAAGCCUGAUCGUGAGGUUACCAAGGGCGAGGAUGGGCGCUUUGUCUGCAACUGGGCUGGGUGCACGGAGGAGAUCCGUUCCUUCAACCGAAAGUGCGAGUGGUCAAAGCAUAUGGACAAGCACGAUCGUCCGUAUAAAUGCCCGGCAGAAGGGUGUGAGAAAUUGCCGGGGUUCACAUACUCGGGAGGACUAUUAAGACAUCAACGAGAGGUACACAACCUUCAUGGCGGCCCUCGAAAGCAACUCAACUGUCCGCAUCCAAAUUGCAAGAGAUUCUCCGGCAAGGGCUUCUCUCGACAAGAAAAUCUGAACGAGCACCUCCGCCGUGUGCACACCGAUGCUGGAGAGAUGCAGAACGAAGAAGAGACCGAGGAAGAUGGAAGCGAGAGAGCGGGCAUGAAGAGAAAGAGGGGUAUUGUACGAGAUGACGGCGGGGAUCUUCGUCAGGAAAUGGCAAGACUUCGAAAUGAGAACGAGGAAUUGAAACGCCAGAGCGAGAUGCAAACUGCUCAGACGGCUUCCCUCAUGCGCCAACUUCAAGAACUCCAAACUCUGGUUGGUGCGAGGCUUCAGCAAAACCAGACUCACCAAUCUCACGCAGCUCCUCAAGCCCACAUGAUGUGA